AUGAAUAGGCAAUUUGUUGUACGUAAAGUGCACAAUGCUGCUGCGGGUGCCACAGCCCAGACAGCCAAAUACAUUCCAUACCAACCAGUACCGCAGAACAGAUUCAACCCGAAACGAUCUGCAUUCAACUUUAAGCCCAAAUACACUUCUGGUUUAGUACACAAUCCUCCAUCAGCAAUACUCCAACCAUCGGUACAGACUCCGUAUUUGUUCUUACCUCCAAAUGACCCCAGAAGAGAAAUGGCCAAGGCCAAUCGUAUAUCACCAUCAAUUAUCCAAGAUAUGCCCAUUAUCAGGGAAUACAGAGCUCCACUGCAAAGAGACUAUAGCAUAACUGCAGAGACUGUACAGAAACUAAAGCAAUUAUAUGCUGAGGAUCCUGUGCGCUGGAACCUCAAGGCUUUGAGUAAAGAGUUUAAUAUUGAUAUGACCAGGUUGAGGUAUUUCUUUAAAACGCAACUUCAAAAGGCCAAAAAGAUGGAAAACUUACAAAAAGCUAUGGAGGGAGAAAAUGAGGAUACUCAACGAUUACCAAAGAGACAUGUUUUGGAUAGAAAAAAGAGAAGAGAAAUGUGGAUGAGAAAUGAAUACUAG